GUGACUCACUUUCACAUGAUGAACGUGAGCCGACCGGCUGUUCGUCCGGUAAUUGCGGUUCCGGUGGGUCCGACAGGCGGAGCUAACGAUAGACCGCCAGUGAGGAUGAAAGAUAUUCAGGGCAUGCCAGGAACAACCGGCGGCCUCAUCCUCCGCCUCUCUCAGUUCGUCUCGUCUCUCAUCUCCCUCUCCGUCAUGCUCACCACCCCCGACUUCCACUCCUUCACCGCAUUCUGCUUGCAAAGCCUGUGGAGCUUGUCUCUUUUUAUCAUGGACGCUUAUGCUCUUUUGGUUGGAAGAAGCCUUGGGAAUCACUUGGUUGUUCGAUGUUUCACAGUUGGAGAUGGAAUCACAUGCCUACUUACGUUUGCAGCUGCAUCUGCGUCUGCUGGCAUAACCGUACUCAUCAACGAUCUUGAUAGAUGUGAUGGCAGCCACAGCACAAGGUUCCAGACCGCUACAGCAAUAGCCUUCAUCAGCUGGCUUGCUGUGUUUCCUUCUUUCUCAACUUCUGGUCCUUAUCCGCCCACUAAUUAA